UGCCCAGGAUGGAGGCAACAAGGAAGCGAGUGUUUAAUAGCUGUGUGCGAGGGGAACUUCACCUGCAAGGAGAACGAGGUGUGUGUCAGGCCGGGCGAGUGCCGCUGCCGCCACGGCUACUUCGGUGCCAACUGCGACACCAAGUGUCCCAGGCAGUUCUGGGGUCCCGACUGCAAGGAGAUGUGCAGCUGCCACCCCAAUGGGCAGUGUGAAGAUGUGACGGGGCAGUGCACCUGCAACCUCAACCGCUGGGGCCCCAAGUGUGAGAACAUCUGCCUCUGCAAGCAUGGCAAGUGUGACCAGAAGACAGGCAAAUGCACCUGUGAGCCCAACUGGUGGGGCCCACAGUGCUCCAGCUCCUGCUACUGCAGCCACAACUCCCAGUGUGACCAGCAGACGGGCAACUGCCUGUGCCAGCCUGGCUGGUGGGGCCGUGGCUGCAACAACCAGUGUUCCUGCAACAACUCCCCCUGCGAGCAGUUCACUGGGCGCUGCCAGUGCAGGGAGAGAACCUUUGGGCCACGCUGUGAUCGCUACUGCCAGUGCUACAAGGGCAAGUGCAACCAGGUGGAUGGCACCUGUACCUGCGAGCCAGGCUACCGGGGCAAGUACUGCCGCGAGCCCUGCCCCGCCGGCUUCUACGGGCAGGGCAGGUGUGGGCAGUGCAAGAGCCUGCAGCCGUGCACCGUGGCAGAUGGGCGCUGCCUUACGUGUGAGGCAGGUUGGAAUGGCACCAAGUGUGACCAGCCUUGCUCACCUGGCUUCUAUGGAGAGGGCUGUGAGAAGCUCUGUCCCCCCUGCAAGGAUGGCCACACAUGCAACCACAUCAAUGGCAAGUGCUCCCACUGCAACCCAGGCUGGAUUGGAGACCGGUGUGAGACCAAGUGCCGGAAUGGGACAUAUGGAGAGAACUGUGCCUUCGUCUGCAGUGACUGUGUCAAUGGGCAGUGCCACUUCGAGACCGGCCAGUGCCUCUGCCACCCUGGCUCCCACGGCACCUACUGUAACCUGACGUGCCCUCCUGGCUGGUAUGGAGCCAACUGUGCCGAAGCCUGCAGCUGCCACGACGGUGCCUGUGACCCCCUGACGGGUGCCUGCCACAUGGAGGCCAACCAAAGGAUGGGGGUGAUCGGGGCAGGAGCUCUCCUGGCACUGCUGCUCAUCCUUCUGCUCUCCUUGCUCUGCUGCUGCUGCGUCUGCCGCAAGAAGGAUGAAGCCUGUGGCUCCAGCCAGGACCCAGCAGCAGCCAAGAAGCCUCCGAGACGCUUGUGUGGGAGAUUCAGUCGGAUCGGGAUGAAGCUCCCGCGCAUCCCCCUGCGCCGCCAGAAGCUGCCCAAGGUCGUGGUGGCCCACCAUGACCUGGAAAACACCCUGAACUGCAGCUUCAUUGAGCCACCCUCCGUGGUGGAGCAGCCAUCCCCAUCCUGGUCAUCUCGUGGCUCCUUCUCCUCUUUUGACACCACAGACGAGGGGCCAGUGUACUGUGUUCCCCACGAAGAGAGCGUGGGUGACA